AGCAGCCCGGCGUCCCGUUCCCACUGCGCAUGCUCUCCGCCUCCUGAGCGCCGGAAACCUGCGCCCCGUGCACCUGCCUCUCUCGCCUGCCUCCCGCUGGGCAUCCCGGGCCUCGGCCAUGACGGCGCACUCCUUUGCCCUCCCGGUCAUCAUCUUCACCACGUUCUGGGGCCUCAUCGGCAUCGCCGGGCCCUGGUUCGUGCCGAAGGGACCUAACCGCGGAGUGAUCAUCACCAUGCUGGUGGCCACUGCUGUGUGCUGUUACCUCUUCUGGCUCAUUGCCAUCCUGGCCCAGCUGAACCCCCUGUUCGGGCCCCAGCUGAAGAACGAGACCAUCUGGUACGUGCGCUUCCUGUGGGAGUGACCGGCGCUGCGUUUGGCCCCAGGUGUCCCAGUGUCCUGGAUGACCCUGGCUCGACGUCCCUGGUGAUUUUCAUCCCACCUUCCCCACGGCUGUCCUGGUCCCUCUGUGCUCCCCUGUGUUAGCACCUCAGGGUCCACACGCCCAGGGCCCAGUGGGUUCUAGGACACCCUGUCCUCCCGGCCAGGCAGGGGUCUGGAAGCCCUGAGCCCAGAGGCAGGCUGGAGCCAGGAUAGCCCCGGGGUUUCCUUUCCUUCCCGCCCAAGCAGGUCCUGGGAGCAGCUGGUCCAGGUGGGCUGCAUCUCACAUUUGUGGCACAGCUGAAGACAGUGUCCUUAGCCAUGAGCCCGAGGUGGGGUCUGUCCCCGCCAGCUGUGAGGGGCCCCGUGCUGUCAGGUUAGAUGUGAAAUUUCUGAAAAAUUAUCUUAGAGCAACAGUUACACACCAAAAAUCAGCAUAGUGCUUUGGGCUAAGACUGAAAGCUAGAUGUUGAGUGACCUUUGUAGCUGUGAGGACCCUUGAUGGUUGUGUCUCUUCAGUGUUCUGUCCUGCCUUCCUUCUGUCCCUGGAGGAGCUCCGUCCCAUCCCUGGGGCCUGUCAAGCUGAGCAUGGUUGUUCCCCACCUCUCCAUUUGGAAACCCGUAUUCCUCAUGGUGCUGUGGCGACACACCCCGAAACCUCCACAGCAGCAUCUAAGUGACCAGAGCUGGAGGAUGAGAAGCAGGUGAUGCUGAUCGAGUGGUACUGCGGCCCCGGCUCCCAAGGCUGGGCCUGUGCCCCCCAGCGCACCUGGCACUGCGUGGGGGACAGUGAGAGACAGAAGCGCAGGUCAUACGGGGUCAGACCAGGGGGACCCUGGGAACCCUGCAGCCUGUGCCCUCGCUCCUGCAGGAGACCCAGCCCAAAUGCCCAGAGCUGUUAGGACAGAGUUCACCCACCUUGCCUGGUUCCUUGCCUCGCUCAUUGUUAUUUAUUCAGUGUCCCUUUGCUUGUGGUGGCCAUCGUUUUGGAAGCAGCAGUAGAAUCUGAUGCGUCUUAUCCAGUUUUCUUAGCUCUGGCUGCCAGCCCCUCAGCUUGGGGUCGUGCAUGGACACAGCUCCCCAAAUCCCUCCCUCCCCUCGUCUCCACAGCCUUCCUGUGAGGUGCAGGUGGCAAGCAUGCCUGGUACCCCAAAACCGAUCCAUGUCUAAUAAAUAACAUGAUACAAGAUGCAGUUUGUGGGCACACCCAGGCCUCUGCGGAAUCUGCCAGGUGCCACCUGAUUUCCAGCUCUUCGGCAGGUGGAUCGGGGACAAGAAGGGGAAUUGCAGUCGCUGCCCUUGGAGCUACACUUCUGGGAGACGGACAGAGGACCACAGUUUCCUGAGACCUGGGCCUUUCUGUCUGUCCUGAGUUUGGCCCAGUGCCAGGCCCAGGAAAUGGACAAAGACUGGGUGGUGAAGUGGAACCUUGAUGACCACUCUGUGCCCCAGACAAUGGAGGGGCAGCUCCCAGGCUAUGCAAUAAAGCGGGUGCCCUGUGUCUGCA